UUACCGUGAAACCGGAAGUUGUUAUUCCUUGCUUUAACGUGUGCUCUGACAACAACAGACAAUGGUAAUGGCAAGAGAAGAAGCUGCGGGUUUAUUUCACAAGUUAAGUAAGGGCUAAACAUACUUUAAUUAACAAAGCAACACCAGCCUCUCAUGUGAGUGUGGUCUAGCUUUUAGUCUGUACAGCCUCAUGAGUCAGCGUUGCUUUUUUUUUGAGAAGCUAGCCUAUCAAGCUAGCAAACUAGAUACAACUUUAUUGAGAUAAUUGAUCUCGUUCGUUAUCUAGCUAAUGCGUAGAUUGUCAUGAGUUGUCCAAGCCAUGGAUAGGUUUUAUUAUUGUUAAAAAACAAUUGCCAGUGUUUCCUGGGGUGAACUGUUUGUCCAGUAUGAGUGCAUCUGCUGGGGACAGAGAGCCUGGGACCCCCCUGGAUAAUGCAAAGGAAGAGAUCAGUGGCCCUACCUGCACAGGAGAGAACAGCAAAUAUGACUCCGCAGUAUGCACAGGCAGCAGUGAAAUUAAGAGCCGUGCUGUGGUCAAGUACUGCGCCGUCCCUCCUCCUACCAGCUAUGCCCUGCUGCAGGAGAAGACGGACCUGAAGCUGCCUCCUGCCAACUGGCUGAGAGAAAACCCCCAGCUGGGCAGCGCUGGCACCACUGUAUUAGGGUCCAGCAGCAAGAGCAAGCCUUUCUCCAGUUUUGGGAUGGCUUAUGAAUUCAUUGAUUGCAUCGGGGAUGAUGUCGACGUGGUGUCAGACUCAGAGAACAUCAAGAAGCUUUUGAAAAUCCCCUACAGCAAGUCCCACGUCAGCAUGGCCGUUCACCGCGUGGGGAGGACGUUGCUUUUGGAUGACCUGGACAUUCAAGAGCUCUUCAUGCGAUCAUCUCAGACAGGAGAUUGGACGUGGCUAAAAGAGUUUUACCAGCGGCUAAUAGAUCAGAAAUGGCAGAGAAAGAAGAAGAGUAAAGAGCACUGGUAUCAGAAAGCAAUCCUGUCAAAGUUCCUCUACUACAGUAUAAAUGGUGAUGGGGCUGCAGAGCCUGUACCAGACAACCCAAAUGAAGGGGAAGGGGAGGAGGAGGAGGAGGAGGAGGAGGAGGAGGAGGAGGAGGAGGAGAACGAGGCGGAGGUGUUCAGUUCUUCAUGGCCCACCGCCUUCACCAGCACAGCAUCUGAUACAGAAGAAUCAGAUGCUCCGAAGCAGGAAAGUGUUUCCUUGGACAGCAUGUUUGCUCUGGGCCAGGUGACGUCCGUACCCAAAGAGCAAAACCUCACCAUGCUCUUCAACGAAGGGGAGAACAGUCAGGGUUUAAGAAACGACUUUGUGCGAAACAUCAUGUGGACCUUCGAGGAUAUCCACAUGUUGGUUGGGUCCAACAUGCCUAUUUUCGGAGGCGGUCGCUAUCCUGCCGUCAGCCUGAGACUCAGGGACAACAAUAAACCAAUCAACAUCCUGACGGGUAUCGACUACUGGCUCGACAAUCUGAUGUGUAAUGUCCCAGAGCUGGUCAUGUGCUUUCACGUCAAUGGCAUUGUUCAGAAAUACGAGAUGAUAAAAACCGAGGAAAUCCCUCAUCUGGAGAACUCGACUUUCUCCACGAGGGUGGUGAAAGACAUCGCCCAAAACAUCCUCUCCUUCCUCAAGUCCAACUGCACCAAAGAGGGUCACACCUACUGGCUUUUCAAAGCUAGUGGGAGCGACAUUGUGAAGCUUUAUGAUCUCACUACUCUGUGUGAGGAGGCGGAAGAAGAGAAAUGUCAGAAUCCCUUCACUCUUCCUGUGGCUGUGCUAUUAUACAGAGUUGCCAGCAACUUGAUGCUGAAGGCGAGGCAAAACAGAAAGCACUACGGAACAAUCAGAACUCUGCUUUUAAACUGCGUCAAACUUCUGGACGAGGAGAGGCACCCCCAGAUCAUCGCCUCCGCCCACUACAUGCUGUCGGAGCUGUUCCAGCUCGACGAGCCUCCUGAAGAAGAUGGAGAGGAGUCGCUUCGGGCCGGCGGCUCAGAGGACAGCUACAGCGACGAAGACAGAGAGGAGGAGGAGGAGGAGGAGCUGACGGAGGACAGCGAUGAGAACGGCUCCUACAGCUCUUGCUCCAGCCCACAGGAUGAUAGUAAAGCUGUGGCUGUGAUCCGCUCUGUUGUGGAGCUGUCGGUCCCGGAGAAAUACAAAUCCACUCACCAGAUCCGACCAAGUGGCGUUUUCCCUGUUUCUCUAGACAAGGAGGAGAGAUGCAGACACGUCCUGAGCUACGUGCUAAAGGGGCUGAAGGCAGUGGAUGGCACCAUCAAGAAGGAGAGCGAUCUCCCAGCUGCCGACCCCAACACAGCCAUUCCUCUUAAAUAUGAGGACAGAAAUGCAAUCGGAGCCUGCGCCGCCGAGCAAGGCAUCGCUCUUCUUCUUGAAAGAGCGAGGGCGUUGCAGGCGGAGCAGAAGCACCCGACACGCUCGGGGAUGAUCCCCUGCUCGUGGCAGAACCGCAUGAAGCUGCAGCUUUUCCUCAAAGCCUCCAAGGCCUACUACGUCCUGUCUGACGCAGCCACUAACUUGGUGAAGUACGGGCGAGCCUUGCGCUACAUCAAGCUGUCUCUGCAGUGCUACGAUGCCUAUGGUUCAGUGAGCGGUACACUGCAGCCGCAGGUGCUGCAGUUUCACAGCCAGUGCCUGUCUCUGUGUGGAGACAUCCAGCUGAUGUUGGCCCAGAAUGCCAACAACAGAGCAGCUUACCUGGAGGAAUACAGCUACCAGACCAAAGAGGACCAGGAGAUCCUGCACAGCCUGCAAAGAGAGAGCAGCUGCCAGGCCUUCAACAUGGCCACAGACCUGGCCCUGGACCCAGAGCACCAGCUGUUUGUUAGCUGUAAAUGCUACGAGGCAGCGUAUGAACUGCUCGUCUCUGAGGCUUUGAAAGAUCACGCCUCAGAUCAGCUGGCUCAGGUGCUCAAAAGGCUGGGAAACAUCCGCAACGAGAUGGGAGUGUACUUUAUGAACCAGGCUGCAGCCAUGCAGACCGAGAAAGAAGUGAAGAAGUCUGUGUCUGUAGCAGAGCAGGAGAUGUGGAAAAAGAGUUUUUCCUUCUUUGAGAAAGGCAUGAAGGAUUUUGAAGCCAUUGGGGACAGCACCAACGCAGCCUUGCUGCUGUGUAACACUGGCAGGCUGAUGAGAAUCUGCGCUCAGGCCCACUGUGCCAUGUCUUCCCACCAGAACAGAGGAGAGUUCUCCCCUGAAGAGGCCCUCUACUACAACAAGGCCAUAGACUACUACUUGCGGGCUAUGAAGUCACUGGCGAGCCGAGAGAACCACCCGGCGGUGUGGGACAGUGUGAACUGGGAGCUGUCCACUACCUAUUUCACCCUGGCUACACUUCUGCAGGACUACGCCCCGCUGUCCAGGAAGGCCCAGGAGCAGAUCGAGCGGGAGGUGACCGAUGCGAUGAUGAAGUCACUGAAGUUCUGCGACCUGCAGACUGAGUCGGCUCGUCAGCCGCUCUACCAGUACAGAGCCGCCACCAUCCACCACCGCCUGGCCUCGAUGUACCACAGCUGCUUCCGCAACCAGGUGGGGGAUGAACACUUGAGGAAGCAGCAUCGCAGUCUGGCAGAGCUUCACUACAGCAAGGCUGUCUGUUUAUUCCUCAGCCUCAAAGAUGCUCCCUGUGAGCUGCUCCGCACGCUCCUGGAGAGGGUGGCCUUUGCUGAGUUCACCAUGGCAGGUCAGAGCAGCAGCGCAGCUAAGCUGAAGAGCCUGACCGGAGCAGUAGAGAUCAUGGCAGACACUCGCUUCGCUUUCCAGCUGAUUCAUAAAGAGCUGCUGGAGGAGCCGAUAGAGUUGAGUGAACCCGACCCUGCUGAGUCAGCGGAGUCGCCCGACGCGGCCGGUGACUCCACUUCAGGACUGAACCUCCAGGAAGUGAUGAAGUUAAUUGGCGUGUUUGAGCCGAGUUUCUCCUUCCUGCUGCUGCAGCUGAUCAAACUGAUGACGACGAUGAAACGGAAACCAAGCAAUAAGGAUGAGGAGCUGUUGAAAACCUUUAAGAACGUUUACUCCAAGCUGCUGCGAGCUGAGAAAAACGCUCCUCUCCUGAGCCGCAUUGAGCUCCACAUCGAGCUCCUGCAGCAGCUGACCCCGCAAACAGGAAGUGGCGGCACGGGUACACAUUCAUGAUGAUGACAUUUCUACGAUGGCAAGGAAGAUGCUCAAGAACUUGACUCGUCUCCAAUCUGUCAUUAUUAACAGGCACAGCUCAGGCAACACAGUCUUACUCUGAAUUACAGUUUCAAAGCUAAAUUCACCUCCUGCGCCUUUUAAGACGAAUUCAUAAUUUUCUAACAUUUGCUUCAUAGGUUUUUGAAUUGUACAUUUUUGUGAAAAGAGUUGUAAAUUAAGAAGAUAUUAUUUAAUUUUCUUAUUGCUUAAGCAAUGUAAGCAUGUAAAGCUCCUAUGUGUAGGAUUUGUUGUUGACUGUACCGAACUUCACUUGGAUUGCCUAAUUUUUCUACAAAUAAACACACACUGUACGGCAUGAGAUUUCAAAGAUGGUAUAACAUAACUUCUACACACAGGGUCUUAAAAAAGAGAGAUAUCCUUUAGCACAUGCUCACAAAAAAAACGAUAUAAUUGGUGUUUUUGAUAUUCAAUAAUGCCAAUAAUGCUGUGAAUAAAAUAGUUUGAAGUGUGAUUGAUGGCUGAAAAGUGUUAUUUGCUUUCCAAAACAACAGUGUGCAAUAGUUUGGCAACAUUCAAUGCAAUGUUUAUAUCGGCAUGGUUUGCUGUGACAUGAAAAUAAAAGGUUUUUAAAUUUU